UGCGAGCAAAAAACAUAAUAAACAAGCAAAACAAAACAAGCAAGAAUAGUUUUUGGUUUUCGUUGAAAGAUAAUGCGGUGAUCGGCGGGGCAUUGCACGCGAAAAUCAACGCGAAUUACACAAGAGCACAUUUGUGAAAAAUAAUAAAAUCCGUGCUUUUCACGAGAAUGUAAACAAUCGCCAAACGGCGUUUAAGCGGAGCAGUGCGGAAAUCUAAUUUUAGAUGUCGUAAUGGAAAGUCUUAAUGGAAACGUUGAACUUUGAAUACCAAAAAAAUCCAAAAAUAAUUUGCACGUAGAAAUGUGCAUAAAAAAACACAGUGCAAAGUGAUGUAGAGCAGUGGAAAACUAUUGAAUAAAAUAUUUAUAAUUAAUAGACUAGAAAGCGGUGUUAGGUUUUAAAUAGAAAACGCGGUUGAGCGAUUGAGCGGUUGAGUGAAAUGGACUCGGACUUCGUGUUGGGCGGAAUCGCCUCAAUGGCCGCAACAUUUUUCACAAAUCCAAUUGAGGUCAUCAAGACGCGCAUACAACUUCAAGGCGAGUUGGCGGCGCGGGGAACCUAUGUUGUGCCAUACAAGGGUGUGCUGCACGCCUUCUACACGGUAGCGAAAAAUGAUGGCUUGCUGGGCCUACAAAAAGGUCUCGUGCCCGCAUUAUACUUUCAAUUUAUUAUUAAUUCAUUUCGGUUGAGCAUUUACACAACAGCUAUGGACAAUGGGUGGAUGCACAAAGCGAACGGUGAUGUUUCGUUUGGUCGUGGCUUGUUUUGGGGAGCAGCUGGUGGUGUGAUUGGGUCUUACUUUUCCAGUCCGUUUUUCAUGAUAAAAACACAACUACAGUCGCAGGCUGCUAAGCAAAUCGCUGUGGGUUAUCAGCACACGCACAAUGGCAUGAUGGAUGCACUGAAGCAGAUUUACAGCAAAGGCGGGUUCUUCGGCUUAUGGCGUGGUUCGGUUGCAGCUAUACCACGUGCUGCGAUCGGAUCGGGCGCGCAAAUUGCCACUUUUGGCAAAACAAAAGCCCUGCUGGUUGAAUACAAUCUCGUAACGCAACCAACAUUGAACUCCUUCUCUGCAGGUCUCAUUGCUGGUUCCAUAAUGUCACUUGCAAUCACGCCUCCCGAUGUCAUUACCACUCGUCUGUAUAAUCAAGGCGUGGAUGAGCACGGACGUGGCUUGUACUACAGAGGAUGGCUCGAUUGUUUUGUAAAAAUAUCACGCGCCGAGGGUUUAUAUGGUCUAUACAAAGGAUUCUGGGCUAAUUAUCUUAGACUAGCGCCACAUUCAACUUUAGUCUUGCUUUUCUUCGAUGAACUCAUUGCUAUUAGAAAUAGAUAUCGAAACAAAUUAAAGCAGGACAUAAUAACAUAACACAAUACACGAUAUUUGCUAAUAGUAAAUAUACAUAUAAAACUUUUAGAUAAAAAUUUUUUAUCAACACCCGAGACAUUACUUCAGCUGCUUUAGUUAUCAUCAUGCUUAAUCAUGCAAAUGGUUUCAUUUUAAUGUGUGUUACAACAGGCUCCAAGCUUUUAGAGUUACGAUUACAGUGUUAGUCCUAAACGUUAUAAAAAAAUUUAAUAAUCAAAAUUGAUUGCGCUUUAAACGGAACUUUUUUGAUUUGAAAUAAUUGUCGA